AUGCUGUCUCGCUCUCUUCUUCUGUCCCUCCUGGCUGUGCCAGCUGCUCUUGCAGCAGAAUGCUACGGCAACGCCAACCCUGGCCUUUCUGCCUCCGACUUCCAGGCGGCUGCCGACCAGGUCUGCAACUACGGACCGUCAUGGCAGGGGUGGAUCAACGGCCACCAGGUCCAAGCUGUUUACCAGGGCAACGCAAAGAUUCACUGCAGGAUUCGCGAGUGA